AUGUCGACUGAAGAGAAAAAGUCUGCUCAACAAAGUCAAACCCCUCCUCCGGCCUCGACGCUUCCGGAGAUCGCUCCGAUUCUGCCACCGGAACAUUGGGCAGCCACAGUGGGUGACACUCGCGACGAGGAUGCAGACUCCUCCGCUGGGGACGAUCUUGCUAGCUCGACAGCUUCAAUCGCAUCGUCAAUCCUGAAGUAUAGGACCCUCCAUGGACGCACUUACCACAGCGAGAUCGGCAGCGCCCAGUACUGGGCCGCGAAUGACGAACAACAGACGGAUUCACUUGACAUCCUGCAUCAUCUCUUCUCUCUCGUCCUCGAUGGCGAGCUCUUCUUGGCCCCUCUCAAGGAGCCCAAGAAAGUUCUUGAUGUUGGGACUGGAACCGGGAUUUGGGCAAUUGACUUCGCCGACCGCUUUCCCGACUGCGAGGUGAUUGGAACCGAUGUUUCCCCUAUACAACCGACAUGGGUUCCCCCGAAUCUAAAAUUUGAGAUUGAAGAUUGCACCCAAGAGUGGACCUUUCCAAAGGGAACAUUCGACUUUGUCCAUAUCCGGUACCUGUUGGGGAGUAUUCCGGACUGGACCGGAUUCUUCAAGCAAGCCUACAAUGCCCUGAAACCGGGUGGCUAUCUUGAGAGCUAUGAAGGUUCCCCGAGAGUAUACAGCGAUGAUGACACCCUUCCACCGACAAGUGCCCUCUCUCAAUGGACAUCCCUAUUCGUCGACGGUGGCCGAAAGAUUGGGCGUAGCUUUGAUAUCGUGGAAGAGAACACGCAAAAUACAGCCAUGAAGGAGGCUGGGUUUGUGGACAUACAGGAAAAAUGGAUCAAGGUUCCCGCUGGUGGCUGGCCUCGAGAUUCGAAGCAAAAGGAAAUUGGCACGUUCGCUGCCUAUGCCGUUGACAGAGAUAUUGAGGGAUUCAUUUUCUUCGUGAGCAAUGUCCAAGGCUGGUCAAAAGAGGAGGUCCGGGUGUAUGCAGCCCAUCUUCGACGUGAGCUUCGCUCCCUUAAGCAUCACAUUUGGUAUUGGCAAAAGGUUGUGUGGGGCCGAAAGCCGGAAAUUCCCUCUUAG